AUGCGAAGAAACUGUCGACAAUAUUCACGUUUUACUACGCAAUUAUACGUUGGUGCUGAUGUGUGCAUCCUUUGUUACGAUAUGUCAAAUGAGGAGAGUUUCGAAAACAUUGAAAAGAAAUGGCUGAACGAGCUGAAAAAUUACUGUCCAGAGCGACCCUAUCUUCUUGUCGCUACAAAAUAUGACCUUUGCGAUGAAUUAGACGAUGAACAAAAAGUCGUUAUGGAAUCUGAGGGAGUUGAGCUGGCACAAAAAAUUUCUGCUUGGACGCAUAUCAGUUGCUCAUCAGUAACGAUGGUUCGUGAUCGCUACACUUCCACUGCUAUUAUCUGA